UUCAACAUGAUCGGUUACCUCGUCGUUUGAUUACAACGCAAAGUCGCUUCGUUCGCUCGCUCGUUUCUCUCAUUGCAACUUUUGCAGGCACUCACUCCACAGACAUGAUCACCAGCUGAAGCCAAGACCUGCAAUUUGGCUCUUUUUUAGAGCCAAAACACCAUCGAUACCCGUGGAGUUAAGUUGCAGACAUCCCUUUUUCAUCACGCACCCCGGGCCGAUUAUCAAAUUGAAAUUCUGGAUGUGGUUUUUCAUCCUUUUAUCCUUUUUCUCUCCCUGAUGAACUGGGUUAGUAAUGCAGGAGACAGCAGCGAUUCUGUCCGCGGCUCAAGAUGGCAGAUUUUUAUUGAGUUGUGAACAGUGCUGUCGCUUCAUUUUUUGCCAUGAAUAACAGAAAUCCUUGCACCGAUGGCCCCUGUAUACGAAGGUAUGGCCUCGCAAGUGCAAGUCUUCUCCCCUCACACUCUCCAGUCAAGUGCCUUCUUUAGCGUGAAGAAACUGAAGGUGGAGCAAAGUUGCAACUGGGAUAUGACAGGGUACGGCACGCACAGCAAGGUCUACAGUCAGAACAGCAAGCAGAGUGUCUCAGUCGCCCCAGUGGGCAUCAACGUCGCCAGUCUUCAGGUCUCCAACUCUUCCCUGUCCUGCGAACAGGCCCUCCUCUUCCCGGCCAGCUCGGGGCACAUCGUAGUGGCCUCGGCUAGCAGCACAUCUGGGGUGGCUGGUCAACUGUUAGGCAGCACCAGGAGUAGUGGAAGCGGCAGCGGAGGCCACAACCUGACGCGCCGCAGCACCGUCAGUCUGCUGGACACGUACCAGCGAUGCGGGCUUAAGCGGAAAAGCGAGGAGCUGGACAACAACAACGGCAGUGGAAGCAGCGUGCACGUGGUCGAGGAGCAGCAACUGCCCGCACCCAUGAUCCAGAACAACACGCAGAGCGGGGCCACCGUCGCGACUGCGACCGCCUCCACCACAGCCACGUCCAAGAACAGCGGCGCCAACAGCGAGGGCGACUACCAGCUCUUGCAGCACGAGGUGCUUUGCUCCAUGACCAACACCUAUGAGGUGCUGGAGUUCCUGGGUCGAGGGACGUUCGGGCAGGUGGUGAAGUGCUGGAAACGCGGCACCAGCGAGAUCGUGGCCAUCAAGAUCCUCAAGAACCACCCUUCGUAUGCGCGGCAGGGCCAGAUCGAGGUGAGCAUACUGGCGCGGCUGAGCACAGAGAGCGCGGACGACUACAACUUUGUUCGAGCGUAUGAGUGCUUCCAGCACAAGAACCACACGUGCCUGGUCUUCGAGAUGUUGGAGCAGAACCUGUACGACUUCCUCAAGCAGAACAAGUUCAGCCCGUUGCCGCUCAAGUACAUCCGACCCAUCCUGCAGCAGGUGGCCACUGCCCUCAUGAAGCUCAAGAGCCUCGGACUGAUCCACGCUGACUUGAAACCUGAGAACGUCAUGCUUGUAGAUCCAGCCCGCCAACCCUACAGGGUCAAGGUCAUUGACUUCGGCUCUGCUAGUCACGUCUCCAAAGCGGUGUGCUCUACCUAUCUGCAGUCCAGAUACUAUAGAGCUCCAGAGAUCAUCCUGGGUCUGCCGUUCUGUGAGGCCAUAGACAUGUGGUCCCUGGGUUGUGUCAUCGCUGAGCUGUUCCUGGGCUGGCCGCUCUACCCCGGAGCAUCUGAGUAUGACCAGAUCCGGUACAUCUCUCAAACGCAGGGCUUGCCAGCAGAGUAUCUGUUAAGCGCAGGGACGAAAACAACCAGGUUUUUCAACAGAGACCCUGACUCCACCUAUCCUCUAUGGAGACUGAAGACACCUGAAGACCAUGAGGCAGAGACAGGGAUCAAAUCUAAAGAAGCUCGCAAGUACAUCUUCAACUGCCUUGAUGAUAUGGCACAGGUGAAUAUGACCACAGACUUGGAGGGCAGCGACAUGCUGGCGGAGAAGGCAGACAGAAGGGAGUUUAUUGACCUGCUGACCAAGAUGCUGACCAUCGACGCAGACAAGAGAAUAAUGCCCAUAGAGACACUCAACCACCCUUUUGUCACAAUGACACACUUGCUGGACUUCCCACACAGCACACACGUCAAAUCCUGCUUCCAGAACAUGGAGAUUUGCAAGCGUCGGGUGAACAUGUACGAUACAGUCAAUCAGAGCAAGACGCCCUUUAUAACACAUGUAGCCCCCAGCACCUCCACCAAUCUCACCAUGACCUUCAACAACCAGCUUAACACUGUGCAUAGCCAGGCCACCAACCUGGCUCCCUCUUCCACCAGUGCCACCCUUUCCCUUACCAAUCCCGAUGUCUCCAUACUAAAUUACCAAUCUGCACUCUACCAGCCUUCUGCGGCCCCCAUGGCUGCCGUGGCCCCCAGGACCAUGAACCUCCAACCCGGUGCGCCACAGCUCUGCGCUGCCCGACCCGAUCCCUUCCAGCAGGCCCUCAUCGUCUGCCCACCUGGCUUCCAAGGUUUGCAAGCUUCACCCUCCAAACACACUGGCUACUCGGUGCGGAUGGAGAAUGCAGUUCCCAUAGUAACACAGGCCCCCGGUGCCCAACCUCUACAGAUACAGCCGGGCCUUCUAACACAGCCAGCCUGGCCGUCUGGUACUCAACAGAUUCUCCUUCCGCCGGCGUGGCAGCAGCUCACACACACCUCUGUUCAACAUGCCACCGUCAUCCCCGACUCCAUGACCAGCUCGCAGCCUCUGGCCAACUGGAGGAAUUCACAUCCCCAUGGCAGCCAUUACAAUCCCAUUAUGCAACAGCCAGCCUUAUUGGCAGGUCACGUCGCCCUGCCGUCUCAGCAGCCUCUCAAUGUGGGUGUGGCUCAUGUCAUGAGACAGCCAUCAAACAACAACUCCUCCUCCAAAAAGAACAAGCAGCACCAGAUGAACAACAGGAACGCGUCAGCAUACAACGUGUCCUCCACCCAGCCGAUGACAUCACCUCAACGCUCCAAACGAGUGAAGGAGAACACCCCCCCUCGGUGCGCCGUGGUUCAGAACGGCCCAUCCUCAACCUGCGGCCCAUCACAGACCUGUGGAGGAGGGGGGUGGGGAGGCGAGCAGGCAUGUAGCACCACUCGAGACCACCACGGUCAACACAACCCACCGCGCCAAACCAUCGUCAUCCCCGACACCCCCAGCCCGACCGUCAGCAUCAUCACCAUCAGCAGCGACACGGAUGAGGAGGACGACCUUAAACAGCCCAGUAACACCAGUUUCCUGCACCACGGCCAGUACCAGGCCCAAUUCGCACACCAGACCUACAUCAGUGCUUCUCCUGCCUCCACUGUCUACACUGGAUACCCGCUGAGCCCCACCAAGAUUAACCAGUACCCUUACCUCUAAAGCUGAAACACUGGAGCCCAGCCAAUCGCUGCUUUCCAUUUCUACCCUUAUCCCACCUAGAGACAGAGAGACAUGCUGAAGCCUAUCGACCCUUAACCCCAUCCCCUUGUUCCUUUCAUGCUUAAACUUGAAGACAAUGAAGACGCCGAUGGAUAGAGGAAGUGUACUCUCGGAGGGAACGGAAGGGUACUGAGGAGUUUUUCUUUUUUUUAGAUGAGUUCGCCUUCUCAAAAGGGCCAGUUAACUUUUUAUUUUGUGAUGUGGAGGUUUCGUUUCUUUUAAAACAGAAGAAGGAGAAUUUGCUUUUUCGUAGUUUCUUUUACAACAAGGUCUCAUCAACAGGCCGUUUGGGAGAGACAGAGUUUAAUUCGAGGGAGAUUUUAUUUGCUUUUCCCUUUCUUGAAUUCAUUCACCGACUGUUGAGCCGAGGUCACGACUUGGAUGUUUUAAAUUCCUACGAGAAUUUUUUGGGAUGAGGUGAAAUACAGAUAUCUGCUGCUCUUCAAAGAAAA